AUGACAAAUUUGGUUCAAUUUUCCGACCGAUUGACCCGCGCCCACUCCUUCGAUUACUUCAUUAUUGGCGUCAUCAUUGCCAACGGCAUCCUCCUUGGACUGGAAACUUCCCCUGCCAUAAACAACAGCUACGGAAAAUUGCUGCACCUUGGCAACCAGAUUGCCCUCGGCAUAUUCAUCGUUGAAGCGGCCAUCAAGAUGGUGGCGAAGGCUCCCCGAUCAUAUCGUUAUUUUAAAGACGGGUGGAAUGUCUUCGACUUCAUGGUCAUAGUCUUUUCCCUUAUUCCCGCCACCGGCCAGUUUGCCAUGAUCGCGCGCUUGGCCAGGCUGCUGCGAGUGGUGCGCCUCAUUUCAGCCAUUGAGGACUUGCGCCUGAUCGUCGCCGCUCUGGUGCGCUCCAUACCGAGCGUCGUGCACGUCAUCCUCCUGAUGAGCAUCGUGGUUUACAUCUACGCCAUAAUGGGCUACCACCUGUUCCACGAGCAAGACCCCGACAACUGGCGCAACCUGGGAAUCGCUCUCCUGACACUGUUCAACAUGACCACCCUGGAAGGGUGGACGGAGAUUAUGUACACCGCCAUGGAGGUGCACCCGCUGGCCUGGAUCUACUUUGUCAGCUUUGUGGUUAUCGGCACCUUUGUGGUGAUAAAUAUGUUCAUCGCCAUCAUCAUCAAUAGCCUGGACGAAGCCAAGCGGGAAAAGCUGGAAGAACUGGAGAUGCCUCCCUCCAGCGACCGACUCCUUCAGGAAAUUCGGGCCACCCAGGCUGCCUUGCAGCGGUUGGAGCAACGACUGGAACACCAGAACGAGGAGUAG